AUGACUUCAUUUUGUCCUCAGGCUAUCGGCCAUGUGUCGGGAGGUCACAUUAACCCCGCGGUGACGUUGGGUCUAUUUGCAUCUGGUGAGAUCAAGGUCCUGAAGGCUGUCUGCUACAUCAUCGUCCAAACCCUCGGUGCCAUUGCUGGAGCUGCUUUCAUUAGGUUGGCGAUACCCGAAAACCAAGUUGGUCAGUUCGGUAUGACAACACUCGGACCCAAAGUUAGCGAGGGACAGGGUGUCCUCAUCGAAGCCUUGAUCACAUUCCUGCUUGUCCUGGUGGUUCACGGCGUGUGUGACGCGCGUCGUAACGACAUCAAGGGAUCAGCUCCCCUGGCCAUCGGUCUCAGCAUCACCGCCUGCCACGCUGCUUGCAUUCCAUUCACCGGCUCCAGCAUGAACCCUGCUCGUUCCUUCGGACCCGCCCUCAUCAUGGGAGCCUGGACCUCACAUUGGGUAUACUGGGUGGGCCCCAUCGCCGGUGGUGUAGUCGCUGGUGUCGUGUACAAAUUCAUCUUCCGCAUCGGCAAGGCAGGUGACAGCGGCUCCUACGACUUCUAAGCGCGUGGUUCAACCGUCCGCGGUAAACGGCGACGUUACAUUGUGCCUUAAUCUAACUCCACCUUGCGCGUACACUGCUUAUGUAAAUGUUAAACUAAUUUGCCAAAAUUGAGUCUAAAUUAUCAUCAAUUUACUGUCGAAAAAAAGAAAACUUUAAUCUGUUUAUGUACUAUAAACAGAUUAAUGAUUUUGUUGGAAAUGCAUGUAAAGGUUACUUGUCUUCAAGAAACUUUGGUAAAACGGGUUUAAUAGAAUUCGAGGCGUGAACAGAUAUAAGAACAAUAUUCUGACGUUUAUUCACCCCAAGAGACCUAAUCAGCCCGGUUCUGUAUUAAAAAUUGGUGAUAAUUAUUUUCUGAUGGUAGUACGCGCAAGGCUAGUAUUAGCUUAUUGAUAUAACCCGUUCAAAUGUUGGACCAAAUUGUUAAUGGACUUUGUCAAUGGGCUUAUACUUGUUAACUAUAUUAGUCUGUCACUAUGCUCGACGAGAAAUCCAAAGGUUUUAUUACAAA